AUGCCUUCCGAAGGUAGAGAAUGUAUUUCUAUUCACAUUGGACAAGCAGGAGCCCAAAUAGGAAAUGCCUGCUGGGAACUCUACUGCUUGGAACACGGCAUAGACCAAAGUGGAUUUUUGGAUGAAUCAAUCGAUCAGAAAAAGAUGGACUCACAGUCGCUUCAAGCAUUUUAUUCCGAGUCCAAUAAUGGGAAGUUCGUACCACGUGCCAUCUACAUUGACCUCGAACCUACUGUAUUGGCUUACGUUGUACAGCAAAAAACCAUACCAAGAGCUGCGAGAACUCGGAAAAUGCAUCUGGUCCAUCACAUCGUAACAUCACGCAAAUUCGCUUCGAGCUUGACUAUACUGGAUAUACCGUAA